AUGACAAUCCUGACAUUUCUCAUGUUUGUCCUGCUUACGCGUCAAAGCUUGUCAUUGUCCAGACCACAGUGUCACAGCUGUGAACAAACAUCCUGUAACUGCUCGAGACAAAACCACACAAAAGUCCCUGCAGCCCCGUCAAACCUCAUCACUGAACUCGAUCUCUCAUUCAACAGACUGGGGACAAUAACGAAAAAAGACUUUGUUGCCUAUGCCAGGUUAUGGUCUUUGACCAUGAGUAACAACAGAAUCAAAACGAUCCAGGAGCAAGCAUUUUCCCCGCUGAGUAAUUUGGAGAAAUUGGACUUGUCCUUUAACAGACUGGAUAGGUUGUCUGCUGGAUGGUUUGAGAACCUUUUUUCUCUUAGGCACUUGAAUCUUUUGGGGAACAGAUAUAGCGUGUUGGAUCAAGGCAAUCUUUUCCAGCCACUGACGAGAUUAAAAACCUUACAAUUUGGAGGACCUUACUUUCAAUCUGUCAGAAAAAAUGACUUUUCUGGCCUCAGUGGUCUUGAAGAGGUUAUUUUUGAUGGACAGAACCUGAAAUUAUAUGCAGGAGGAAGUUUGAGACAAAUUGGACCAAUUAAACAUGUAACACUUGGUCUGAAUGGUCCGUUUCAGAUAAAUCCAGCACUCGUGGAAGCUAUACUAUCUGAUGUUGUACACCCAAACACAACCUUGACAUUCACCGACACAUGGUUCCUCACAAAGAAUCAUAUGAUCCCAUUUAAAGUGGCCUUCAAAGGCGGAACAACACAAGUUAUUUUAAAAAAGAUUAACAUUACAGUUACAGCUGGUCUAGAAUUUCUAGAACUGCUGUCAAACUCCAAUAUAGUUAUGUUUGCACUUGAAGAAAUACAUUUUUUAUUUCUUUAUUCGGUUCACCGUCCAUAUCUCCAAACCCUGGACUGUUUGGAGACUGUCGUCCUCAAAAACAUUGAUGUGCCUGAGUUCCACAUGUUCCCAGCCCUCUUAUUCCUGUACCGUCUGCUGAAGGUGGUGCAUAUGUCUGUGCUAAACUGCAAGCUUUUCGCCAUUCCUUGUGACUUAUCUGCCCGUCUCACAAAGCUGGAGUAUCUGGACAUUAGUGACAACAUUUUUAGUGAUCUGGCCCUUAGCCAAAUGAUGUGCGACGGCAAAGGUGUUUUUUUGAAUUUGGAAACCUUCAAUAUCAGCAGGAAUUACCUGCAGUCAAUCAACAGCCAGCUCUUCACCAAACUAGAGAAGCUUGAAAACAUUGACAUGAGUGGAAAUGUGUUUCAUAGUAUGCCGGAGACUUGUUUCUGGCCGCCAAGUCUCCAGUUCUUAAACCUUUCAUCGACGCAUUUAACAAAAGUGACAGCUUGUUUGCCGGUGAGCUUACACAUCCUCGACCUGUCAGACAAUGCCUUGGCAGUGUUCAACAUCGAACUACCUUUUCUCAGAGAGUUACACAUCUCUGGAAACAAGCUCAGUCGUUUGCCAGAUGGGCCUGUAUACCCUGGUCUCACAUUUCUCUCCAUUCAAAACAAUGAUUUACACACAAUCAGCAGUGAUAAUCUAAACUCAUAUAAAAAUCUAAAGCGUUUGGAGGCAGGUGCUAACACUUAUGUCUGUUCAUGUGACUUUGUAACGUUCAUGACAAGUAAUUCAGCGAAUCAUCGCGUCACAAUUGGAGAUGGAUUCAAGUCGUACAUCUGUGACUCUCCUGACGCCGACAGAGGAGAGAGUGUGGUAGACGUGAGGUUGUCAGUGUUUGAGUGCCACGCAGAUUUAGCUUUUUCUUUACUCUGCUUAGGCAUCCUGGCAGUGUUUCUGCUCAUCGCAGGUGUGUGUCACAAAUUUAGUGUUGUGUGGUAUAUCAGGAUGACCUGGGCCUGGCUGAGAGCAAAGCGGAAGCCAAAGUUAAAAAAGGGAGAACUCAAGUAUGACGCCUUUGUGUCAUACAGUGAAAUGGACUCAGGAUGGGUGGAAGCACAUCUGGUCCCGGAACUCGAGCAGGCCGAGCCUCCUCUCCGGCUCUGCCUCCACAAGAGAGACUUUGUUCCUGGAGACUGGAUCUUGGACAACAUCGUGGACGCCAUAGAGAAGAGUCACAAAACUCUGUUUGUCCUUUCUGAGCAUUUUGUCAGGAGUGAAUGGUGCAAAUACGAGCUGGAUUACACCCAUUUUAGAUUGUUUGACCAAAACGACGACUCAAUGGUGCUGAUUCUGUUGGAGCCCAUUGACAAAGCGACCAUCCCCAAAAGGUUCUGUAAACUCAGGAAAGUCAUGAACUCCAGGACGUACCUGAAGUGGCCUGAUGAUGACAACCAGAUCCCCAGGUUCUGGCAAAGCCUGAGAACAGCUAUUGAAACACCUGAGACUGAGAAUGGACACUGUUUAAUGGACACUGUGGACUUAGGACUUAGGUUUUAGUGGGGUUUUUUUGCAGUUUUUUUUUUAAAUGUGUAACUUUUGAGAGCUUUUCCGUGUUAUUUUCUGUUGGAUAAAUGUGGUG